UUAUAUAACAAUAAACAACCAAAUUGCUUCAUCAUAAAUAAAAUUAAUAUCGCCGAUAAUUGCGAAAAUUUGUUGCUCAAGAUUUUAUUUAUUUAUUCGCAUCGAAAGAGAUCAAACAAAUCAAAUGGAAUAAAAAAAUUAUUUAUUCAAAUUAUGUACGUUGAUUUUAGGCAAAUUAUUCCGGAAAAAUCCGAAAAUAUAAUCGGCCGAAUUGUUAUGAGCAUUUAUUUUUCAAGCACACUCUUACAUCUCCUCAUUAGUGUGAAUCGGUUUUAUUCAAUCGUUCGACCAUUUGAAUAUACGGAGAAAUUUGGUGGAAAGAGGACAGCUAAUUUUAUUAUAUUGAUCUGCUUUUUGCUUUUCGAAGAGGAUAUUCUAAUCCUUUAUCUGGUCUCCACUUUCUUGACGCCACAUUUUAAUUCGAAAUGGGGAGCUUUUUCUUUACGAACAUUAAUUUGGCGGGGAAAGGGGGGCACGGGGAAGUGA